AUGCAUUCCAUAUUUUGGAGACGAACUCUCAUCACUCCACAACUAUUUCCAAUUUCAGUUAAACCCAUCCCCGUUUCAAACGAUUCUUAUACACGUUCAUUAGAUAACAAUUCUAUAAUAACUAAACUAUCGUCAGAAAAUGUUCAAACUAAAUCUAUUAGUGAAACUAUACAAUUCAAAUUUGCUGAUAAAGCACCUCCACCACGUGAUCUUCGAUCAACUGGUACUAAAUAUGAGCGAAUGUCAGCACCUAUUUUGUCGUUUGAUGAUGAAGGCGAUAUACCAGUUCCAAAAUUACAAAAAGGUGUGAUUAUUGGCAAAAGAAAUAUUAAAUCAUAUUGA